AUGGCGGAAUCCGGCGGCUCGCGCCUGGACCGCCUGAUCAAACUCCUCGACACCGGCUCCACCGCCGCCGCGAGGCGCGAGGCCGCGCGUCAGAUUGGCGAACUCGCCGCGUCGCACUCGACGCAGUUGCCCAAUCUCCUCCGUCGCGUUCGCGCGCACCUGCGGAGCAAAAAAUGGGAGACCCGCGUCGCGGCGAGCGCGACGAUGAGUGAAAUCGCGUCGCGGUUGCGACACCCGAGCGUGGACGCGCUGAUCGCGAUGGAGAGCGAUGGGGCGGAACGAGACGCGGGACGGGACGCGAGCGAGGCGAAGACGGGACGGGACGCGAACGCGGGCUCGGACGCGCUCGAUCUCACGUUCGCGAAGUUCGACGUCGAGCGCGUGCUGGAAAAGGCGGGGAUACUGUUGAGUUCGAGCGGGAUCGGGUGGCGGCUGGAAAACGGACCGGGGACGAAGGCGGAACGGUUGGCGCAAGCCAAGGCGUCGUUGAAGCGAAGGUUAGGCAUGGAGCUCGGCCCCGAGGCGGGAGCGAUGAUGGACGAGAACAUGAAGAUGAGUGAUUUGGUGAAGGAUGAGGAUUUGCUGGACGAUGGGAAGGUGACCGUGCAGGAGAAGGUUGCGGUUGGCGAUAGCGCGGCGGAGGCGGUGGACGGGUUGACCGGCGACGUCGAUUACAGUCAUUUGAGCGCGCGAGAGCUGAACAAGUUGAAGCGUAAGGCGAAACGGAUGUUGCGCGAAGGCGCGAAUCCGCUGGACGCGAAGCGGUCGAAGCAGGACGAGGAAGCGGCGCGUUUGGAACAGGAGAAGGCGGAAGCGGAGGAGGACGACGAGGAACAGGCGGAAGUCGCCGCGGGCGGAUGGCCGCUCGCGCGCACCUGCGAGACGUUGGCGUACAUGAUGUUUUCGGAGGGGUGGGAAGAGCGUCACGGCGCCGCCGCGGCGUUGCGUGAGGUGCUACGUCAUCAGGCGGCGAGCGCGGCUAUUUGGGCGCCGCCGCCCGGAGUGAAACCAGAACCGGGAACGGUGGAGAUCGCUCGCGAGUCCAACGCCGCUUGGCUCGAGGACAUGUGCGUGCGCUUACUGUGCAUACUAGCGCUUGACCGUUUCGGUGAUUUCGCGGGCGACGGCGCGGUGGCGCCCGUCCGUGAGACGUCCGCGCAGGCGCUCGGCGCGGCGCUUUUGCCGUUGUCGCCGCAAGCCGUCGACGCCGUGGUGUCGUGCACGCUCACACUACUGUCGCGCCCCGAGUGGGAAGUGCGGCACUCCGCGUUGCUCGGGUUGAAGUAUAUUCUCGCCGCAAAGUCAGAGUUGGCAGUCGAGCUUUUGCCCGCAGCGCUACCCGCGGCGACCAAGGCGCUCGUGGACGCCGACGACGACGUGCGAGGCGCCGCGGCGGAAUCCUUAUUACCUGCCGUCGAGCACUUGCCGAGUCAUCCGCAAUUCAACGAAUUACUUUCGUCGUUGUGGGGGCUCCUCAACGAGCUCGACGACUUGUCACCGAGUGCGGUACCGGUGAUGAAGCUCAUCGCCGAACUGUACGCGUUGGAAUCGACGCGCGCAAAGUCCACCGCCGCGCUCGCUGAAGUCGUCCCACGUCUUUGGCCGUUCGCCGCGCACCCGAUCCCAGCCGUACGACUGGCCGUGUGGCAGACGCUUGCUCGACUGUUAGCCGUCGAGCCGAACGCGUCGACGCAGUUGUGGGUGCAAGAGGCGUGCGCGCCGGCGAUGCGUCACGCAUUUCAAGGCGCGCUGCUCGACGUCGACGCGGCGAGCGCCGAUGCGGCGAGCGAGGCGUGGGUGGCGCUUUUGCGCACGGUCCCGAUCGCCAUCAUCGAGGCUACGUUCACGGUACACGGCGCGAAGUGGUGCGAACUCGCGACAACGGUGGCGAACGCUCGUGGCGAGGGCAAAUUAAUUUUCGUCUCCACGCCGCCGAGCGUUAAGGGUGAGAUUCGCGCCGUCGCGAAAGAUUGGCCGGCCACCACCGCUGGUCGUAUGCGUGGACUCGAGUGCCUCGCGCGUCUAGCCGCGGCGUUCGGCGCGCACGAACGCUCGAGUUCGGUCGCUCGUAUGGAGCAGCACAUCGUGGGCAUGCUCACGGGCGAGCUCGCCACCGCGCGUCUCGCCGGCGCGCACUUGCUCACCUCUUGGCUUCGAGUGGUUCCGCCUGGUCCGCAACGUCCGACGUUGCAAGCGCCUGGUGCGCAACUGGGGGCAAUUUUAGCAAAUACGAAUCCGGCAUAUCCCAGCGCACCGUCGCCGACACCGUACGGCGAGGUGGCGCAAAUGGUCAAGUACGUGAAAAGCGAAUCGAUGGCAUUUUUGCGUGUGGCGGCGACGAAUGGCGUCGUCGUCACGGGUGAAGUUCCUAGUCCCGAGGCAGAUGGUUUUGGUGCGGAUUCGGCUGCGACGCUCUCGGCGGCUGUGCCACAGUCCGAGAUAGCUGCCGUGGAAACGGCGCGAGGUUCUCUUCAUGCAUCCGCGCAACGUUUGCGAGAUACCGAAGCGAAGCUUCACGGCGCCGUGCUCGCCGCCGCCGCGGGUGCCGCUGUCGGUUUCGGCGCGUUGCCUCCGAAACUGAAUCCAUUCAUUCAACCGUUGAUGUCGUCUGUGCGUCGCGAACGCGAUGCAGAUUUGCAAGCACAUGCCGCGGCUUCGGUGGCGGCUAUGAUGAAGCUGUGCACUUCGCGCUCGCCGUCGCCUAACGAUAAGCUUCUCAAGAACAUCACGUCGAUGAUUUGCGGCGACGAAGCCGAGACGCCCAAAGCUGGAUUGACGGAAGAAGUAGAAGAAGAGGAAGAUGAUGGGAAGAAGAAGAAGUCCGUCGCGGGCAUCGUCGAUGAAGAAGUUAUCAGUGACGCGACAAUCGCGAGACGCGGUGGCGAGGCGGUGAUUCGUUCGGCGGCUUCGCUCUUCGGAGCGGACGUUUUCAACCAACUUGGCGCGUUGGACGCGCUCAUGAUGAAGCCGAUCACGCAAGCCCCGCCUGAAAAUGCUCCCACCGCAACGCUGCAGUCACUCGUCGAUGCGUUGCAGUUGUUCAAGAUUUUAGGCCCCGUGGUGCACGAAGCUUUGGAGGAGAAAGUUAUCGAAACGACCAAGACGGCGUUCGCCGCAGCGUUGUACACCGACGUCGCGGUGCGGAAAACUGCGGCAAAGACCAUAGCGAGCAUCGCUUCGAAGCAUCCCGAGCGAAUCAUUUCGUCGUUGUUAGACUUCAUCGUGCCGAAGUUAGAAGAAGGAGAGGCGGCCUCGCAGACGGCGAAGCGUGCUGGUGCCGUCGGCCUCGCGAGCGAACUUGUCGACACACUCGGCGCCGUGCUCGCGCCGUAUUGCGUCUUACUUCUCGUUCCUCUGAUGGGUCGAAUGAGUGAUCCGGAUCUGAAAAUUCGUGGAAACGCCACCCGUGCGUUCGCAAAGCUGGUACCGUUGCUUCCGCUCGCUGUCGGUAAAGAACCGCCGAACGAUCUGACGACCAAGCAAAAAGAACGCUCAAAGAAGGAUGGCGAAUUCCUCGAGGCGCUCUUGGACAACAGCAAGAUUGAAGACUUCAAACUCCCGUUCAAGUGUGCGCGCACGCUGCGCCCGUAUCAGCAAGAUGGUGUGAAUUGGCUCGCGUUCUUGCGUCGCUUCAAGUUGCACGGUGCGCUCGCGGACGACAUGGGUCUUGGAAAGACGCUUCAAUCGACGUGCAUUCUCGCCGCGACGACGGUGGAGCGCAAGGAAGCUGGAUUGAAAACACUCCCGCACUUGGUGAUCUGCCCGAGCACCCUCGUCAGUCACUGGGCGUACGAGAUCGGGCUUUACGUCGAACCGGAUGUGUUGCGCCCGCUUGAGUACCACGGCAGUCCACCCGACCGUCGCGCGUUACAGAAGGACUUUGGCAAGUACGACGUCGUCAUCAUGUCGUAUGAAUCUGUUCGCGCCGAUUUCGAUUCGUUGGACAAAUUCGACUGGUGUUACUGCGUCUUGGACGAAGGUCACGCCAUCCGCAACCCAAAAAGUCGCGUGACGCAAGCGGUGAAGAGCGUGCGCGCGGAGCACCGAUUGUUGCUCUCCGGCACGCCGAUUCAAAACGACGUCGUGGAACUUUGGAGUUUGUUCGACUUUCUCAUGCCUGGAUUUUUAGGCACCGAGCGCGAGUUCAAGAAGACUUACGGCAUCGCCGCGGCGAGAUCGGCGGCUGCGAAGAAAGGCGGUGGACUGAGCGAGCAAGGCGCGCUCGCCACGGGUGCACUGCACAAGCAAGUCAUGCCCUUCGUCAUGCGCCGCACAAAGGACGAAGUGCUCAAGGAUUUGCCGCCCAAGAUUAUUCAAGACGUCUACGUCGAACUCACGGACGCGCAGCGCAAGAUGUACGAUGCGUUCGAAUCAAGCGAAGCAAAGGAUCAAGCCGUGAGCGCGAUUGAAGGCGGUGGAGGCGCCGAAGGCGCGGCGCAACACGUCUUCACGACGCUGCAAUACUUGCGCAAGCUGUGCUCGCAUCCGAAACUCGUCGUGUCUGACGGCGCGAGCAAAAAGUUCAAUCCUGAGAUGCGCUCGCCGAAAUUCGAUGCGUUGAAGCAAAUAUUGAUUGAUUGUGGCAUUGGAGUAGACUUAGAAGAAGAAAAGUCCAACGGGGACGAGGGGAAGCCGAAUCCGGCGUCGGGCGCCGGUCAUCGCGUCUUGGUGUUUUCCCAGCUCAAGAGCUUGCUCGACUUGGUAGAAAACGAACUUUUCACGACGCAAAUGCGCGACGUAAGCUGGUUACGACUCGAUGGGAGUAUUCCACCAUCGCAGCGAUUCGAUGUUGUGCGCAAGUUUAACGCAGACCCGUCAAUCGACGUGCUCUUGCUCACGACGCACGUCGGCGGUUUGGGAUUAAACUUGACAUCCGCCGACACCGUCGUCUUCCUCGAGCACGACUGGAACCCGCAGAAGGAUUUGCAAGCCAUGGAUCGCGCACACCGACUCGGUCAACGCAAGACCGUGAACGUCUACCGCAUCCUCACUCGCGGCACGCUCGAAGAGAAAAUCAUGUCUCUGCAGCGCUUCAAGCUCGACGUCGCCAACGCCGUGGUGAACGCCGACAACGCGUCCAUGAGCGCCAUGGACACCGGUCAAAUGCUCGAGCUCUUCACCGCGGAGAAGGGUGUCAAACUCGGCAAAGACGGUGCACCCGUCGCCAAGGGCGCGGCCGCCGCCGCCGCGGGCGCCGCUUCUGGCGGUCUCUCCAACAUCGUCAACGGACUCGAAGAAAUGUGGGACGAGGCGCAAUACGCCGAAGAAUUCAGCGUCGACGAUUUCGUCUCCAAACUCAAACACAAGUGA